GCUCGGGAGUCGCCGCCGCCGCCGCCGCCGGGCGCCGAGGUCCGGACGGGGAGGAGAAGCAGGAGCUGGAGGAGGAGCCGCCGCCGCCAGCAGCCACCGGGGACGCACAGGAACUCGGGGCACAUUCCGGAGUCCACUCCUGGUGCUCACAGGGAGCAGCUGCGCCUUCCCGUCUUAGAAAAGAGCUAUUCACAGUCAGACAGAACCACUUGUCCCGUUUUGCAGGAUCUCCUGAGGAAGUCAGAGUCUGAGCCAGCAUGAAGACUGAGUCUUGUCUUCGGUCUGGUUCAUAAAGCAUGCUUUUAUCCUAAUCAUGUGCAAGGUGGAGGUCAUAGCACGGGGACCGAAAUCUUACUUCCUGCUUGACAUAACUCACUUCAAGAAGUGCACAAUGUCAGAACGUGGAAUUAAGUGGGCUUGUGAAUACUGCACGUAUGAAAACUGGCCUUCCGCAAUCAAGUGUACCAUGUGUCGUGCCCAGAGACCGAGUGGAACUAUCAUCACAGAAGACCCAUUUAAAAGUGGUUCAAGUGACGUUGGUCGAGACUGGGACCCUUCUAGCACCGAAGGAGGAAGUAGUCCUUUGAUAUGCCCAGACUCUAGUGCAAGACCCAGGGUCAAGUCUUCGUACAGCAUGGAAAAUGCAAACAAAUGGUCGUGCCACAUGUGCACGUAUUUGAACUGGCCAAGAGCAAUCAGAUGUACCCAGUGCUUAUCCCAGCGCAGGACCAGGAGUCCCACAGAGUCUCCUCAAUCCUCAGGGUCUGGUUCAAGACCAGUUGCUUUUUCUGUUGAUCCUUGCGAGGAAUACAAUGACAGAAAUAAACCGAACACAAGGACCCAGCAUUGGACUUGUUCUAUUUGCACAUAUGAAAACUGGGCCAAGGCUAAAAAAUGUGUCGUUUGUGAUCAUCCCAGACCUAAUAACAUUGAAGCAAUAGAAUUGGCAGAGACUGAAGAGGCUUCUUCGAUCAUAAAUGAGCAAGACAGAGCUCGGUGGAGGGGAAGCUGCAGCAGCGGUAAUAGCCAAAGAAGAUCGCCUCCUACUACGAAACGAGACUCUGAAAUGAAAAUGGAUUUUCAGAGGAUCGAAUUGGCUGGUGCUGUUGGCAGCAAGGAGGAACUUGAAGUGGACUUUAAAAAACUAAAGCAAAUUAAAAACAGGAUGAAAAAGACCGAUUGGCUCUUCCUCAAUGCUUGUGUGGGGGUCGUGGAAGGUGAUUUAGCUGCUAUAGAAGCAUACAAGUCGUCAGGAGGGGACAUUGCCCGUCAGCUCACCGCAGAUGAAGUGCGCUUGCUGAACCGCCCUUCGGCUUUUGAUGUGGGUUACACGCUGGUGCACCUGGCCAUCCGCUUCCAGAGGCAGGACAUGCUAGCGAUACUGCUCACGGAGGUGUCUCAGCAAGCAGCAAAGUGCAUCCCAGCAAUGGUGUGUCCGGAACUGACGGAGCAGAUCCGACGAGAGAUAGCUGCCUCUCUCCAUCAGAGAAAGGGGGACUUUGCCUGCUAUUUCCUAACUGACCUUGUAACAUUUACAUUGCCAGCAGAUAUUGAAGACUUGCCUCCCACAGUCCAGGAAAAAUUAUUUGAUGAGGUGCUUGACAGAGAUGUUCAGAAAGAGUUAGAAGAAGAAUCUCCCAUUAUAAACUGGUCCUUGGAGUUGGCGACACGCUUGGACAGUCGGCUCUAUGCACUUUGGAACCGGACUGCCGGGGACUGCUUACUUGACUCGGUGCUGCAAGCUACCUGGGGCAUUUACGACAAGGACUCGGUGCUUCGGAAAGCCCUGCACGACAGCCUGCACGACUGUUCGCACUGGUUUUACACACGUUGGAAAGAUUGGGAAUCAUGGUAUUCUCAGAGCUUUGGUUUACACUUUUCCUUGAGGGAAGAACAGUGGCAAGAAGACUGGGCGUUUAUACUCUCUCUUGCCAGUCAGCCUGGAGCGAGUUUGGAACAGACACACAUUUUUGUACUUGCACACAUCCUUAGACGGCCGAUUAUAGUUUAUGGAGUGAAGUAUUAUAAAAGUUUCCGGGGAGAAACUUUAGGAUAUACUCGGUUUCAAGGUGUUUACUUGCCUUUGUUGUGGGAACAGAGUUUUUGUUGGAAAAGUCCGAUUGCUCUGGGUUAUACGAGAGGCCACUUCUCUGCUUUGGUUGCCAUGGAAAACGAUGGCUAUGGCAACCGAGGUGCUGGUGCUAACCUGAACACCGACGACGACGUCACCGUCACUUUUCUGCCUCUGGUCGACAGCGAACGGAAGCUCCUCCACGUGCACUUUCUCUCCGCCCAGGAGCUGGGGAACGAGGAGCAGCAGGAGAAGCUGCUCAGGGAGUGGCUGGACUGCUGUGUGACAGAAGGUGGCGUGCUGGUCGCCAUGCAGAAGAGCUCCCGGCGGCGGAACCACCCCCUGGUCACGCACAUGGUGGAGAAGUGGCUGGACCGCUACCGGCAGAUCCGGCCUUGUGCAUCCCUGUCUGAUGGCGAGGAAGACGAAGACGAUGAGGAUGAAUGAGAAACACAAGCAGAAGACCAAGGUAUCAGUUCUGUAGUGACCCCAAAGUUAGUGCGGCGUUCCAAGCAGUGCGCGUGGCGUGGAACAGGCGACCCCGCCGGACCUGCACGGAGGGGUUUCCGCCCCACACCCCGGGAGGCGGCGCGUCUGCCGAGCGAGGACACCGGGAACCUCGUUGGACUGGUCUGUAAAAACGAGUGUAAGACAGCACUCUUCCUCUCAAAUCGUAAAUCUGUCUAUAAAUGUAACGCAUGUGGUUGUGCAAGAAGUUGUGUAAUAGGAAAAGUACCAGCAUCGUCACGUUACUGAGAAGUUGUUUCCAGCAUGGGCACCUCCAGAAGCACACGGCAGCGACUCUGUUCCUUUGAGACGUUUGGUUUUGGUUUUUGUUUGUUUUUUUUUUAAGUAGAACCUGGCAUUCUACUCGCAUCUUAAAAGAUCCACUUUACACUAAGUCCCAUGAGAGCUCCGUAGAGAUCUGGAAACUUUUUGUACAAAUUCUCCACAGGAAAACGUGAAAAUAAAAACAAGCUUAUUUUAGUAAUAAUUUAGUUCCUGUUGUGCCCAAUAAAAUCAAAUCUUUAAGGAACAAA